GCUGCUAACUGUGGCGCUGCUAAAAUAAAAAUCAUAUGGUUUUGACACUUCCUUUCGUCGGUUGCUUAAGUUUUAUGAUUUUAUCACUUUUAUAACAGUUUUAUAAUGCAACAUGAACGACCUGGCCAAGAACUUGCCCCCCUCAGCACUGAAAGACAGUCUCUCUGAUGCUGGAACGUAUUGCUAUGCUGCUAUCUGCGCCCUUUCGCUGCACGAAUUGUUUGGAAAUGAGUGGGACCUCGAAUACAGCAGAGAUUGCAUCAAAAAGUUCACGGCGCACUUGGGUUUACCCUCACAGGUCAAUGGCGCCAUGGAGAGUCUUGUGGAAGGACAGGGCAGCCAGACGUACCAGGCGUACGUCGAACUGCUGCUGGUCGAGCCGCCGAUCAAGGCCAAUCCGGUCAUAAUUAUACAAGAUAUGGUGCUUUUCGGCAUCAAAACUGGCCAAUACGAUGCUCGAACACGAGUGCUGGUUUCUCAUGUGGCCGGUCUGAUGGGCGCCCCGGCAGCUUUGGCGCGUUUGGCUGAGGAAGCGCUCGGUCAGUCGCUUUUAAACUCACAGACCGAAGAGGAAGCAUUAUCCCCUGAGCAGCAACAGAUCGCAUUGAAAAGGCAGCGUCGGCGGAAAUUCAAGCGGUACGCCCUGAUUAGCCUGGCAACCGUGGGCGGCGGCGCCCUCCUCGGCCUCACCGGCGGCCUCGCUGCGCCGCUGAUCGGCGCCGGAAUCGGCACCAUCGUUGGAAGCGGUGCCGCGGCGGCAGCUAUUGGCUCUGUGGCCGGCGCCGCGAUUGUCGGCUCGCUCUUUGGACUCGCCGGAGCAGGACUCACUGGCUACCGCAUGAAGAGGAGGGUGGGUGACAUCGAGGAGUUCGAAUUCGGAAAGCUGUCGAGCGGGACUGGCGGGCAGCUGCACAUCGCGAUCGCAGUGUCUGGGUGGCUCUCCGAGGACGACGAGGACAAAUUCCGGCGGCCGUGGCAGUGCUUGGACUCGUCCAAGGAGCAGUACUUCCUGCGCUACGAGUCCAACUACCUGAAGGAAUUGGGGCAGGCGCUGGACCUGGCCGUGUCCGCCGCCGUCACGGUCGCCACGCAGGAGGUGCUCAAGUUCACGAUUCUGCGCGGCAUCCUGACGGCCGUCGCGUGGCCCGCCUCGCUCGUUUCGCUCUCUUCCAUCAUCGACAACCCGUGGGGCGUGUGCCUCCGACGCUCAGCGCAGGUUGGAAGACACCUUGCGCAUGUACUGCUCUCGAAACACCACGGCGGACGGCCAGUCACCCUCGUUGGAUACAGCCUUGGCGCCAGAGUGGUUUUUUACUGUCUCAGGGAAUUGGCCGACCGGAGACCAGGCAGCGAGGGGAUCGUGCAGGAAGCGAUCAUGUUAGGGGCGCCAGUAACGGGAAGUGACAGUGAUUGGCAGGACAUUUCCACCGUGGUGGCCGGGAGAAUUGUCAAUGGCUACUGCAGGUCGGACUGGCUCUUGAAAUUUCUAUACAGAACAACGUCCGUAUCAGCCAAAAUCGCCGGUCUGAACCAAGUGACGUGCGGCAACAAAAGACUGCAGAAUUUCGAUCUCACCGACAUCGUGUCAGGUCACACGGACUACGAGAGCAAAGUCGACACCCUGUUGAAAGUGGUCGGCGUGAGAACAAUAGAGUGCGCCUCUUAUAAAAACGGCUUGAGGAAAUCGCAGUCUGAGUCGGUAAUCGGGUCGUCCGCCGCCACCACUAUCACCGCCGAUUCUCUGAGGCAGUCUAUGUCUGACUCAGCUCUGACCGACGAGGCUUUCGCGCUGAUCUCCGAGGAGCCGGCCGAGCAGCCAGCCGAGCAGAACAAAAAUUAACCAUUAUUUGUGAUAAAAAACCCACUUCGCUUUGUAAUCACUAUACAAAAUCUAGUGACACAUUACCAAGUGGACCACGUUCACUCAAAUUCUAAAACUAACGUUGCCUUAAUCGUUGAGUAUUUUCACGAACCGAUCGCCGCCAAGACCAAAUUACUGGGGUGAUUCGAUUUAUGACAUUGAAAGUAUCAUGACUCAUAUGCAAAUGCAUUUAUAGCUGUUCUAAAAGUUGUCUUCUAUCCUAAUAGACAUAUCAGAGUUAUCAAUAUUUACACGCACUGCUAAUCAAAAUUGCAAAUUUAUAAGACAUACUUAACUAAACAGUGAGUCGAUAGUCAAAGGACACGUCCAUUAUAAAUAUAGCAUUUACUGUAGUUAAUAGUUACUACCAAAUUAAAUAUAUAGAACACACAAGAUGUAUUUUUAAAAACACUUAUGCUGAAUAUAUAUAUUUACCUGUUUCUGAGCUGUGCUUAAUAAAUAUUAAAAUAUGUUUCA